AUGUACGUUGUGUUGCCUGCACACUCCGGGACAAGACAGUUGCAGCGGGGUCUGCGGCCUGCCCUGCACCCAAUAAGUGACGGUGUUGGCGUUCGAGCGACUCGCCAGCGAGCCUCAAGGCGACACCGGACACCACUGGUCGCGGUUCAGUGGGAAUGGUUCGGCUGGGAUUUGGAUGGGCGUUUUGAGCCAGAUCUCACCGACAUCACACCUAAACCGGAAAAAGUGCUCCCGAAUACGGGAACGACGUAUGCUGAUUCGCUCGUUUUCCCGACAGACUCGAAACGCUGGCCUGAUUCUCUACCGGGCACCGCGUUGCUCUGGUUCCGAAACGAUCUCCGUUUGCACGAUAACGAAGCGCUACGUCUUGCGAACCGCGCAGAGAGCCUGCUCUGUGUUUACGUGUUUGAUGAGCGCUACUUCUUCGGAAAGUCCCGAUUUGGAGGCUUCCUCCGCAUUGGUGAGCAUCGCGCAUACUUCCUGCGGGAGUGCAUCGUAGACCUGCGACAGGCACUCCGGAGUCGUGGUCAAGAGCUAAUCGUUGAGAUCGGCUCACCGGUGGAUGUCAUCCCCCGCUUAGUGCAAAAAUUCGGGGUGCAGCAUCUCAUUUUCAGCAAGGAGGUCACCGAGGAGGAGAUCGCCACUGAAAAUGCCCUCGUUAGGACGCUUGCACAAGUUGCCGCCCAGGGCCAGAUCUCCGCGCCCGUCCAGUGCCAUGCAGUAUGGAACGCAACACUCGUGCAUAUUGAAGACCUACCGUACCCGUUCCCAGGCAAAGCAAAAGACAUCAGCAGGCGUGCCGAGUCACCAGUUCCGAAAACUCGUGGUACACCAGCAGUGGAUCGCGUUUUCCCGGAUACAUUCACGACGUUCCGUCGACUCGUAGAGCGAAGCUGGACCGUUCGCGAGACCUGGCAGUGUCCAGAGGUGCUUACACUGUUACCAGACGAUGCCAGCAACUUCAAUACCAUAGACUGGUCUGGCGCCCUGCCCAUAGAGUAUCCCGCUGAGGCGACGCGUAUCGGCGCUGAGCCGCCCAAGCUGCUGCUCAUGCGACCCUAUCCAGACCCGCGAGCCUGCUACGAUUUUCACGGAGGCGAGACGGUUGCGCUUUCCCGCCUCGAGGAUUGGAUAUGGGAGACGCAAUCGCUCGCCAGCUAUAAGGAAACGCGGAACGGCUUGGAGGGACCCGACUACUCCUCCAAGUUCAGUUGCUUCCUUGCCCAUGGCUGUAUAUCGCCGCGGUUGAUCUACAAUGCAGUGCGGGACUUUGAGCGCCGCGUGGAAUCCAAUGAAUCCACGUAUUGGCUGCUGUUCGAACUGCUCUGGCGAGACUUUUUCCGCUUUACUGCAGUGCAUCAUGGAAACGCAAUUUUUAAGCGGCGGGGUCUGCGAGGCGUCCGCGGUGCCUCUAAAACUUCACAAAGCGGAGCGCGUUCCGCUGUUGUACGACAGCGCGAGGACGUCUCGCCAGAUGCACGCUUGACGGCCUGGUGCCAGGGGCGUACGGGGGUUCCCUUCAUUGAUGCCGCUAUGCGAGAACUGCGGCUCACGGGCUUUAUGUCCAAUCGAGCGCGUCAGGUCGUCGCGUCAUUCCUGAUCAACGACCUGGGAUUGGACUGGCGACUUGGCGCCGAAUGGUUCGAAUCACAGCUCCUCGACUAUGACCCAUGUAGCAACUGGGGGAACUGGUGUUAUCUUGCGGGAGUCGGAAACGAUCCGCGCAGCGGUUCUCGCUAUUUCCAUCCGCUGAAGCAGGCGUAUGAGUUCGAUCCUCGGGCAACGUUCACAAAGCGCUGGUGCCCCGAGCUCUUCUGGGUGGAUAACGCUCUGAUCCAAACGCCAUGGAAAUGGAAUCGCAAAAUGCAAGAGGCGUUUCGAGUGACCCUGGGCGACCAGUACCCGGAGCCAAUUGUAACUUUGCGGGAGCCGGGGCGCGCCCGAACACCACCGAAGGUAUCGCCAUCGACGCCCGUGGACACUGACGCGGCGGUGCAUCACGAGUCGUGA